CACGCCCCUCUCAAUCAUUAAUAUUUGCAAAAAAAAACUUUUUUUCAUGUAAAUUUCAAAUUAUUAAAUGAAAAUGGAAAUUCCGAUCAAAGUGGAGCCACUUUUUGACGACAUUGGUGACAUUCAGGAUGCGAUUCAGUGCUGCUUCAUCUGCAAAGAUGGUCAAAGUAUUUUUAAGGAACUUUUAGAACAUUUUAAGGGAAAUCAUUAUGAAGACUACAACCAGCUCCCAAACGACUCAAUCGUCCAACUCUGCAGCUGUCCAGACGCAAUCCAACUCCAAUUUAAGCUCCUCAACCACAUCCUCUCAAAAUCACUUCCAAAAGCUCCAACACAAGACAAUUCAGAUCUCAAAGAAGAAAUUACAGCAAUUUUCACAUCCGAAUCUGAGCCAUCAGCCAUAGAUCAUGUAAAAGUCGAACUUCAAGAGGAUGACGACACAGACAGCAGAAGUUCAGCCAGCGAAAGCGACUACGAACCACAGCCAAAAAGAAAAUCACCACAAAAAGUUGACAAUUCAAAACGAAGAAGAAGAAAACGCGUGGAAGUUGAAGUUUCUGAGAGCUUUACAGUCAAAUGUGACUAUUGUCCGAGGCUGUUUACGAAAGUUCAGAGUCUGCAGAAUCACUAUGAUCUCAUGCAUGAUCCAAUAAAUCAAUUUAAAUGCUCAAAAUGUGAACAUGGACAUUGCAAGACUUUAAGGAACUUAAACUCACAUUUAAGGACACACGAAGAAGAAGAAGUCAGAGCAACAAUGACUGGCGAUUGCUCAAACAAGAUCUGCCCAACAUGUGGUAAGGAAUGGAAGACAGAUUUGCAGCUUUACCAUCACAUGUUGACACACAGGGAGAAGCUACUCGAAUGUGAUCAUUGUGGGAUGCGAUUUAAUAUGAAAAAUACUUUAUGGCGACACAUCCUGACUCAUUUUAAGGAGAAAAGGAUUAAAGACAAGUCAAAAGAGAAGCGAACGCUGUGUCAGUACUGCUCAAUGUGGAUAUCCUUCUACAACCUCAAGAGACAUAUCCGAACAAGUCAUUCAGAAAAUAAGCACAUUUACAACUGUGAUUUUGAGGGAUGUGGAAAGUCAUUUACUGAAUCACAGACACUUAAGGAUCAUAAGAAUCUCCAUUUUGGACUUAAACCUUAUGUCUGUGAAUUUUGUAAUCAAGCAUUUCCACAUAUCGCGACAUUAAGGAGGCAUAAGUACAGACACACAGAUCCUGAGAAGUAUAAAUGUACAAUUUGCAGUGAAUGCUUUACGACCAGAAAGAGUCUGACUAAUCAUGUCCAGAGACAGCAUCAUGAUGUCGGGAAUGAUGCUAAGCCGUUUGCUUGUACUAUCGACGGAUGCAACUCAACAUUCAAGUAUGAAAACUAUCUACAAAAUCACAUGAGGGAUGUCCAUAUAAAGAAGAGGAGUAGGAUUAGGAAUAAGGAUAAACAGCAUCAGCAGGAAGAGUCAUCAGGUAGAUUUUAUGACUUUAGUGAGUCUUCAGUAUAAUAAUUAGUAGGAAAUAUCUUUGAAAUUAAUAAAAAUUAAAUAAAU